CUUCAGGGCAUGUAUAGACGGAAGACAACGUCGUCGUCGUCAUCGACGUCGACGACAUCCUCGACAACGACUGAGAAGCCCGAAGUGGGAACAGAGUACAGGUGAACGUGAAACCAACGGAGCUCAGGAUCGAGUCCAUCGACAUCGGUGGACCCAUUGACAGCGGGGCUUUGGAGUCUCCAGUCGUUGGCAACACUGCCGAUUCUUCAUCACACAACAAUAAUGACGACAAGGAUGGUGACAAAUCUGAAGAUCAUCGAUUCGACGACAGUGAAUCGAGGAUAUCCCACGACGAUGACGACAACGACGACGAGGGUUCGUCACAAUUAUUCGAAGACAUCCACGACUUGGUGGCUCAAAUGCCCCUGACUUCCGAACCAGCAACGGAAAGAGGACACAAAACGAAAGACCAGGAAGGAGAAGAAGAAGAAGAUGGUGAUGAUGAUGAUGAAAAUGGCAACGCUGAAGAGAAUAAAAACAGUGUCGACGCUUCCGUCGUUCCUGGAGAUUCGACAGGACUGACGACGACGACGACAAUCAAGACUGAUUCUCCGGAAGCGGAAGUGAAACAGAGUAGUAGUACAUCAGUUCCGUUCCCGUCUUUCGCGACUCAAGAACCCGUUUUGCCACUUCAGUCGCUUUUCUCUGUGGACUUUAAAUAAUUCCUCGUUUUUUUUUCUCUGAGUAGUUUUUAUUCUCAGCCUUCCAAUCAAGUGCUUAUUUAUUUAUUGCAUGAGGUACGAGAGAAAGAAAAAUAUGAGAAACUCUCAAAAUCCUCUUCAAAAAGUAAAUUCCUGAUUUAUUUCCGAAGUUACUUCCGUUUUCUGUUUCCUUUUUGAUUAGUGGUCAUCGACGUGAGAAUGCAGCCAAUUUUGUUGUUGAAUGUUUUGAGUGGAG